AUGAACUUCGAUCAACCCGCCGACUACUACGAUUAUAACGUCCCGGAGCUUGUUGAUGACCUAAACAACCUCAUUCGCGCUCUGCAUCUUCACAACAUCGAAGUGCAAUCUCCCGAGGAGCUCACACCGUCACUCUUAUUAGGCCUUCUCGAAUGUAUUGUGCAAGCACGCCUUCCAAUCUCACAGGAUAUCCGCAGAGCUCGCGACCUCGGUGCCAAAGUGCAGGCCAUGAAGAUCUUCCUCGGUGUGCUCGAGGACGAUGUGCUCCAGCAGGACGUUGGGCUCGCGAAUGUAGAUCCUCGGAGGCUGGCUGAAGGCGAAUGGGAUGAGACUGUCUACGUAGGACAGGUUCUGUGCUGGCUUGCCAGAAGGCGAGACAUUCUGCCUGCCGAGCCCGAAGAAGGGCCUGACGUGGAUCCAUCGACCUUGCCGCGAUUGCCUUUGCCGCAUCUACAGACCCUGUCUCCUUCAACUCGGUCCACGACGACGAACAGCAUGAACACGGGUCUCUCCAUUACCUCUUCAUCGGAAGAGACGGUCACUACCGCGGAUUUACAGCCAUCUGAAGGAGACGAACCCAUGGACGACGAGAAUCAUGUACCUCCCCGCUGCAUUCACGAGGUCGACGAUACUCCAUCCUUCUCCUUUGGGGUGCCAGCCAAUGAGUCUCACUUAGGGGUCCGCGGAAGUAACGUACCAGCAUACGAUGCAGACGACCCUUUCGCCAUCUGCGACUGCGCCACUCGAGCUUCAGCGUCGAGCGAAGGCAAUCGUCCACCGAUCCGUCAUACAGGCUGGAUAGAACGAGCAGAUGAAGAAUCUGAAGUGAACACAUUUGAGGCGAGUUAUCGGCAGGUUCGCCAAGCUACGCCGAAGAGACCCGACAGUAUCACCACACCAGAUGCACGGCGCCCAUCCUUACCUUCAGGUUUCACCCCGCCGCACUCGUCAACGCCGAAGAAGAAGGUCUAUGAUCGCAUUACGGCCCGUCAGGAUUUAGAGUCCCCCACGCGACGCAGGAUCCAACUGCUGAACGAGCGAGCAAGGCUGUUAUCGGAGCUGGCAAAGCUCUCGAUCUGA